AUGACAACAGUGGAAGAAUUCCUUCGGCCACCCCAUGGCCCGGAAGAAUUCGGCCAUGUUUUGGUCAGUAUUUUCGAGGAUAUUCACAUAAACCACGAUUCGGACAACAUUCUUCAGAGUGGUCAAAACCAUAGUGCAGACAACACUUCUGAGAAUAGCCAAAAUCAUGAUACAACCAACAGUCAUUACUCGCCGCUUGCCGAGUUUAUUCACCAUUGGACGGAAUUUGACGUUCACAGAAUAUCUCUGGAUCCGCUCAUUACAAACUGCCUCUCAAUGCCAUGUGAGGUGAGGUGGGAGCCGCAGGUUCCCACCUUUUCCCGUGUCAUCUAUAGCGAGCGGCAGCUUGAGGCUUUAUAUCUGCAGACACUCAUCACUCGGGUCAAUAUUGCUCUUGAUAAGGCAAUCCCAUCAACAGAAGACCGAAUCGCCAUCGUCAUAGGACCUGGAGCCUUUGAAAACGUCUCUCCCGAGGCCACUGCGAAAACGCUCAUACCAGACUGGAUAGUCGUUCAAGGCAAGUUUGACAUCGGUUUAGACGCCGAUGCGCUGCCGAUUCUAAAGGACCUCGCGGCGAAACGGAAGAUACUUGCUGUUGGCGAUACCAAGUUGGUCCGGCAACGGGACCGUAAACCCAAGGUCCUUUACACGAAUGCGUGCCAUCGCGACUUCUUGCGUCAGGUCCAAGAUUAUUGCCCUCAACUUGAAUCAAGCCCUCGUAAACCUAACCAGAGGGGAUUGCGUUCAAAUGGCGCACAACAGCUUAUCCCCGGCCUGGGCUCUCAAGGAUCUGAUGUCCCGGCUCCAACAGACCGGGACGAUGAUCUCCGGAGCCGGGACGAUGAUCCUCCCCGAACGCCGGGCACCGAUGACCCAUAUCUGCCGGAUCAGCUGCCACCGUUCGCAACGCCGGCCCCCGUUCCGUCUAAGCGACUGUAUUCAACCAGCCCCGAAGCAAGCCCUAUCGCUGCCGGCCAGAGAAGGUAUCAAGGGGGCCAUAGACACUCAAACAGUGAUGCGAGUAAUAGUGGCUCCCACCAGACUCCCAGCGAUCCGGCAUCAUCGUCUCAAGGCCAUAGCGGAUACGCUCCAUCGGAUAGAGACGUUGAUGUGGGAGCUAUACACAUACGAAGCUUUGAUAUGAUGGGUUGGGAGGAAGAUAAUUUUGACAUGAUGGAUUGGGGGGAAGAGAAAAGGGAGAGUCCCUACAGGGCUCUCUUUAUGUUCGUAAUGUGGGUUCGUGCAUUUAAACAGAGUGGGGAUACUCUUGAAAUUUGA